CGGGGGCGGAAGGCGUUUUGGACGCAGACAGAAGUCUCAGGGAGGGACGACUCCGUUGUUUUGGAGCCUGGGAAACUAAAAGACUGACGGGGAGCAGCAGCGCGAGUUUCCGCGACCCUUCCCCAUCCCAGACGUGCGGGCCGGGGAUCCGCCGCGGCUUGCCCGGAACGAAGAGGAGCUGCGGGAGGGAGGCUUGCUUUCUCCGCCGCGGACUGGGGCCUACGGUGUCUCGUUCGAGCGUCCUAGGGCCCUUGAUCUCGCUCCUCUGCCUCCGGGCAGCUUGUUUGCCCGGCCUGCUGGGAGCGAUCGGCGCUGACAGCCUUGCUCAGACUCCUCAAACCACUUUUGAGUCUUUCGGAAGAAAACUGAGGUUCACAUUUACCAAGAGAACUUGAGAAUGAGCAGCCGACGGAAACGUGCUCCCCCGGUAAGGGUAGAUGAGGAAAAGCAACAGCAGCUUUGCUGGAAUAUGCAUGAGGACAGAAGGAAUGAACCUCUCACCUUAACUGAUGACGAGCAGUCCUGCCCAGGUUUGGACCCCUCUCCUGCUCACCGCAUCAUCCUAGAUGACAGUCCAAAGGAAGAAGUGGCUCACAGAGAAAAGAGGAGGUGUUCCGAAGCCGUGAGCAUCUCAAAAUCAAUUGAUAAAGAAGAGACUGGUGGCAUUUUUUCCCCUUUGUCUGUAAAGCUGAAUAUUGUAAUUUCUCCCUAUCACUUUGAUAAUUCUUGGAAAGCAUUUCUAGGAGAAUUCACUCUUCAGCUUCUUCCUGAACAGUGUUUAAUUGAAAAUUUUUCUGAAAAGAGUUUUACACUGACGAGUUCCGAGUUGAGCAGUCAGUUCCUGAUCUAUGUUCAUUCAGGAUGUGAAAAUGUAGAGAAAAAAGAAGGAGGACUCAAUGAGCCAGUCAGUAUCUGUGACAAGGGAAUUCAAGUGGAGUCGUCCUUCAGCAGUGAAAUGUUAGAAGAUUUGGGAUGGCUGCAAAAGAAGAAAAGAAUAAAACUUUACCAAAAACCAGAAGAAAAUAACAUUAUCAAGGUUGGAAUUUAUCUUUUGGAAGCUGGCCUAGCAAAACCAGAUUAUCUGAGUGAUGCAAGUUCAAGAAUGAAAAAGUUCAAUCAACUCAUGAAGAGAGUGAUGGAAAAGCUAUACAAUUUUAUUAUUCCAGAUGUGUUGGAAGAGGAUGAGGAAGGUUCCGAUAGUGAGCCAGAGGGACAGGACAUUGAUGAACUCUAUCACUUUGUGAGGCAGACACAUCAGCAAGAAACUCGGUCCAUCCAAGUGGAUGUCCAGCAUCCUGCGCUGACCCCUGUGUUGAGACCGUACCAGAGAGAGGCUGUCAACUGGAUGCUACAACAGGAGCGUUUCAAAAGCACCCCUGCUGGUGAAAAUACCCUACACUUUCUAUGGAGAGAAAUUAUUACAUCUGAGGGUUUGAAACUCUACUACAAUCCAUACACAGGCUGCAUCAUUCGUGAGUACCCAAAUGCUGGACCACAGUUGCUUGGUGGGAUCUUAGCAGAUGAGAUGGGUCUUGGAAAGACAGUGGAGGUUUUGGCUCUGAUUCUGACACAUACUCGACAAGAUGUCAAACAAGAUGCUCUCACUCUUCCUGAGGGAGAAGUGGUAAAUUAUUUCAUUCCAUCACGUUAUUCUGGCGGAAAUGUAAAAAAGACAGAAACCCAGAAUAUGGAAUUUGAACCAAAAGAAAAAGUUCAGUGCCCCCCUACACGUGUGAUGAUCCUGACAGCUGUUAAAGAAAUGAAUGGAAAAAAAGGAGUUUCUAUUCUUUCCAUCUAUAAAUAUGUCAGUUCUAUAUAUAGAUAUGAUGUUCAGCGGAACAGGAGUCUUCUGAAACGGAUGCUCAAAUGUUUAAUUUUUGAAGGCCUUGUGAAACAGAUCAAAGGUCAUGGUUUUUCUGGUACUUUUACACUGGGGAAGAAUUACAAAGAAGAGGACAUACAUGAUAAAACAAGAAAGCAGGCUGUCGGGAGUCCAAGGAAAACUCAGAAAGAAUCCAGAAAAUCAGGAAACAAGGACACAGACUCUGAAUAUUUGCCAUCAAAUACCUCUGAUGAUGAUGAUGAUCCUUACUAUUAUUACUGUAAGCCCAGGAGAAACCGUAGUAAGUGGAGGAAGAAACCUGCUCUGUCCACAAAAAGGGAAAAAAGCCAGCUGAGCAUUGGUCUCAGCCCACAAGAUCACUGCCCACCUACCGGUAACUCUGAAAUUACUGAUGUUACCACAUCUGAAGGUACAUGUGUCUUUGAAGUCAGUCAAGAACAUUCAGCCAAGGACCAAGCUGAAUCUCUAAAUCCUGUUGGUGAUGACAUGCCACACUCUAAUAUCAUGGGUCCCUGUAAUUCUCCCGAUUACCGCUUUGAGUGCAUAUGUGGUGAACUUGACCAGGCAGACUGUAAGCCUCGUGUUCAGUGCCUGAAAUGCCGCUUGUGGCAACAUGCGAAAUGUGUGAAUUAUGAGGAGAAGAAUCUGAAGGUUAAACCUUUCUACUGCCCCCACUGCCUUGUUGCAAUGGAGCCAGUAUCUACGAGAGCAACUCUGAUCAUCUCCCCCAGUUCCAUCUGUCAUCAGUGGGUGGAUGAAAUCAACAGGCAUGUGAGGUCAUCAUCUCUUCGAGUCUUGGUAUAUCAAGGAGUGAAGAAAGAUGGUUUUUUACAGCCUCAUUUUUUGGCAGAACAGGAUAUAGUCAUCAUUACUUACGAUGUCCUCCGUUCAGAACUGAACUAUGUAGACAUCCCACACAGCAACAGUGAGGAUGGGCGUCGCUUAAGGAACCAGAAGCGCUACAUGGCUAUUCCCAGUCCUCUUGUAGCUGUGGAGUGGUGGAGAAUCUGCCUUGAUGAAGCUCAGAUGGUCGAAUGUCCUGCUGUAAAGGCUGCAGAAAUGGCUCAGCGCUUGAGUGGGAUUAACCGCUGGUGCAUCAGUGGCACUCCGGUACAGAGAGGAUUGGAAGAUCUUUUCGGGUUAGUGGUAUUUCUCGGUGUUGAACCUUACUGUCUCAAACACUGGUGGGUUCGACUUCUCUAUCGUCCUUAUUGCAAGAAGAAUCCUCAUUUCCUCUACAGCUUUAUUGCCAAGAUAAUGUGGAGGUCUGCAAAGAAAGAUGUGAUUGACCAAAUCCAGAUACCCCCACAGACAGAAGAAACCCACUGGCUUCACUUUUCUCCAGUGGAAAGACACUUCUAUCACCGUCAGCAUGAGGUGUGCUGCCAGGAUGCAGUGGUAAAACUCAGGAAGAUUUCCGACUGGGCUCUGAGGCUCAGCAGCCUGGACAGAAGGACCGUCACCUCCAUCCUGUAUCCGUUGCUGAGGCUCCGGCAGGCCUGCUGCCACCCACAGGCAGUUCGUGGCGAGUUCUUGCCACUCCAGAAAAGCACCAUGACGAUGGAGGAGCUGCUGACAUCCCUGCAGAAGAAGUGUGGCACUGAAUGUGAAGAGGCCCAUCGGCAGCUAGUCUGUGCCCUCAAUGGCUUAGCAGGCAUCCACAUCAUUAAAGGCGAGUAUGCUUUGGCAGCAGAACUAUACAGAGAAGUGUUGCGUUCAUCUGAGGAACACAAGGAAAAACUCAAAACGGAUUCACUGCAAAGACUUCAUGCUACCCAUAACUUGAUGGAAUUGUUGACAGCCAAGCACCCAGGGAUACCUCCUACCCUCAGAGAUGGCAGACUUGAGGAAGAGGCCAAACAACUCCGAGAGCAUUAUAUGAGCAAGUGUAACACAGAGGUUGCAGAAGCCCAGCAGGCUUUGUUGCCUGUGCAGCAGACUAUCCGUGAUCUCCAGAGAAAGAUUCAUUCUAAUUCUCCUUGGUGGCUGAAUGUGAUACACAGAGCAAUAGAAUUUGGUAUUGAAGAGGAACUUGCUCAAAGAGUGCGAAAUGAAAUAACCAGCAACUACAAGCAACAAACUGGCAAGCUCUCUAUGUCAGAGAAGUUCCAUGACUGCCGAGGACUUCAGUUCUUACUGACAACACAUAUGGAAGAGCUCAGUAAGUUCCAGAAGCAAGUGAGAGAGGCUGUAAAAAACCUGGAGGGACCUCCAUCUCGGCAUGUUAUUGAGUCUGCAACAAUCUGCCAUCUCCGACCAGUCAGACUUCCUCUCAACUGCUGUGUCUUUUGUAAGGCUGAUGAAUUGUUCACAGAGUAUGAGUCGAAACUAUUUUCUCACACAGUCAAAGGCCAGACUGCAAUAUUUGAGGAGAUGAUAGAAGAUGAAGAGGGACUGGUGGAUGACCGAAUAACUACCACCAAUCGUGGUCUAUGGGCAAUAAGUGAGACAGAGCGAUCUAUGAAAGCUCUACUGUCAUUUGCAAAAUCACACAGAUUUGAUGUGGAAUUCAUUGAUGAGGGAAGUUAUUCAAUGGAUCUCUUUGAAGCUUGGAAGAAGGAAUAUAAGUUGCUUCAUGAAUAUUGGAUGGCUCUGAGGAAUCGUGUGUCUGCUGUUGAUGAACUUGCAAUGGCUACAGAACGACUAAGGGUCCGUGAUCCUCGGGAGCCAAAGCCCAGCCCGCCAGUUCUUCACAUCAUUGAACCACACGAGGUAGAACAGAAUCGUAUAAAACUGCUAAAUGAUAAAGCUGUUGCUACAUCCCAGCUGCAGAAAAAGCUUGGGCAGCUUCUUUACCUAACUAACUUGGAAAAGUCUCAGGACAAAACAUCAGGAGGUAUUAAUCCAGAACCUUGUCCAAUCUGUGCUCGGCAACUGGGAAAACAGUGGGCAGUACUGACCUGCGGGCACUGUUUCUGUAACGAGUGCGUUUCAAUUAUUAUCGAACAGUACAGCGUGGGGUCUCACAGGAGCUCCAUUAAGUGUGCUAUCUGCCGCCAGACCACGUCUCACAAGGAAAUCUCCUAUGUCUUCACCUCAGAGAAAGCCAGCCAGGAAGAAGACAUCCCUGUGAAGGGCAGCCAUUCUACGAAAGUGGAAGCUGUGGUCAGAACUCUGAUGAGAAUCCAGCUUAGAGACCCAGGGGCUAAGGCGCUUGUUUUCUCAACGUGGCAAGAUGUAUUAGACAUUAUUUCAAAAGCUCUCACUGACAACAACAUGGAAUUUGCACAGAUCAGUCGUGUUAAGACAUUUCAGGAGAACCUGUCAGCAUUUAAGUAUGAUCCCCAAAUCAAUAUUUUGCUGCUGCCCCUGCACACAGGUUCUAAUGGAUUAACUAUCAUUGAAGCAACGCAUGUUCUCUUGGUGGAGCCCAUAUUGAACCCUGCCCAUGAGCUUCAGGCCAUCGGAAGGGUGCACCGGAUUGGACAAACAAAACCAACUAUUGUACACAGAUUCUUAAUAAAAGCGACAAUAGAAGAAAGAAUGCAAGCAAUGCUGAAAACUGCUGAAAGGAGUCACACAAACCCUUCCGCAAAGCAUUCCGAGGCCUCCGUCUUGACCGUGGCUGACCUGGCAGACCUAUUUACCAAAGACACCGAAGACCUUGAAUGAAGUACAUGUGAUUCAGUCCAGACUUUAGUGUAUUUUAAAUUUUUCAUAGUUUAUAGAAUAAAGUUAUAAGUAAAACAAUCCAGUAGAUGUCAGUAAACACUGUUCUUAGUUGAAUGAAUUUAUCGCUUUUUUGGUUGUACAGUCCAGUAGUUUUCGAGUCCUUUUCAAUAUACUAUUUCCAUAAUAGCUAUAAAGAUCUUUAAUUUUACACUCCUAAUAAAAUGUUUGGGCUUCCUGGGUGGCACAGUGGUGAAGAGUCCACCUGCCAAUGCAGGAAACAUGGGUUUGAUCCCUGGGUCAGGAAGAUCACCUGGAGGAGGAAAUGGCAACCCACUCUAGUAUUCUUGCCUGGAGAAUCCCAGGGACAAAGAAGCCUGGCUGGCUAUAAUCCACGGUGGUCACAAAAGAGUUUGACACCACUGAGCGAUUGCACACACGCACACACAAAAAAUACUUAUUUUUAUUCCAAAGAAUAUCUCUAUCUGAGGGAAUUAAGAGAGGUAUUGUGUACUUUUCUUUUGAUAAGAUCAGUCUUAAAAAGAAGUUAGAAUAAGAGAGUAACUCAGCUAUUCUAGUUUUAUAUGACUCGCUAUACUCAACCAACAUAGAUCUCAUUUUUGGAAGAGCCUUCAGUAUCUUUAGCACAGGAUUCACCAGUAUAUUAUUAGUAAUAUUUUUAAAAGAUGGUGAAUUAUAUUAGCUCCCAGUUCUUUGAGUAGUUAUAGACUGUAACUCCAUAAAUAGUAACUUCAGAGUAAUGCAGCUCCAACAGUAAGUUAAUAUUAGACAAUUAUUUCUUUUCUCUGUAUCUUGCUACUAUAAAUCAAAACACUGAACACUUUAAGUAUUUCUAUUAUAUGUUAAAUAUUAUCAGUAUAAGCAGUUAACGUAGCUUUAUUAAGUGUAUUAAUGUUUAAUUAAAAUUGUCUAUUUUCUCUACUUUUAAUUUGUGUUACUAAAUGUUUACGUUUUAAGAUUGAUCUAUAAAUAUUGCAGUGUCUAUAAUUUCAGUUCUUAUGAUUAUAGCAAUAUGGCAGGGUUUUGUUUUGUUUUUUUUUACCAUUAUUACAUACUAAUGUCUUGGAUUCUUUUUCUUUCCCAUGUUCUUGUGUAACUAGACUUUUUAACCACUAAUAUCUAAAUUUAUGAUAGUGUUUGUUAUUUCAUUCCACUAGUACUUCCCUCAAGACCUAGCAUUUGAUCUUUGUAACAAGAGAAUGUCACAUUCAUAGAAGCAAAUAAUUGCAAGUGAUAAUAACCCAGUGUUUCUUCUUCUGUGAAGAAUUAAUGGACUUUGAAAUUGUUAAAUAAGGAGUAGCUUGUUGUAUCCUAGCCAUUUGAUGUAAUACAAAUGUUCUUGAUUUAUUUUCUUUGAGCCUUCAGAGUUUCAAAUGACCCUCAGGACUCAUUAACUCCUACUUAGUUGUCCAGAAAACUAACAAAUAUAUCCUGGAUCACAUUUGUCCAAGAGGCUUUGGUGCUUAGUUAAGGUGCAUUUUCUUAUUCUGGUUUAUAGAGUGACAUAAUCCAACUGAAGAAAACACACACACAUUUUUGGUGCUUAUUCUUCAGUUGAAGGAAGAUAUGCAUUGAUUCUUUUAUAUGAAAUUAGACAAAACUAUUAUUUUUGUAGCUCUUUAUGUGUUAUAAAGAGCUUUCCUAUACAUUUAUGUGUUUAAUUUGCCCAUCAGUCCUGUGAAGUUGAUGAAAUUUAUAACAUUCCUGUUUUAAAAGUGGAGAACUGAGAUUCAGAAAUACUGAGAAAUAUGCCUAUGACACAUAGCAAGUAAACAGCGGAGCCCAGGUCCCUUGGCUCCAAAUCUCAUGUUCUUUCUCUAAAUCAUACCUUGCUGCAAUUCAGAAGGCCCUUGGUUCUAAUUUAAUGAUGAACACGUUUCAGUAUUUCUUUCUGUUUCCUAGUAUUCCUUUUUGCGCUACAGUUUUAGGGAAAGUAAUUUGAUAAUGCUUCAAUUUUGUAUAAAGAGAAAUAUAAAAAUAUAAAUAGUUAAAUAUACCUAUCUGUAUUAGAGAAAAACUGCUCUUAUUUAUUUCUGUACAAUGUCAUCAAUUAAAUAAAUAUUUUAGUGUAAAUUGAAAUUCGGGCAUUUAUUAAAUUUCUGAUCCAUAGAACAUA